AUGGACGAUUAUAUGUUCCACCGUUACGUGCAGCAAUGCAAAUACGUACCGGAAAACACAAGUUACCUGGAGAUAUUCAACUAUACGGAUCCAGUUCAUAAUUCAGUCGAGGAGCAUCCACUGACGCCCGAUGAAUUUGAAAACUAUCUACAUCGCCGGGGAGCUUUUGAGCCGCCCACGCUGCCCGAGGGCGUGAGGUUGAAAGACGGUAUCCGUCUAGUUCUUCAGAAAAAUGCCAAGCAGAAUGAGACUUUUACGCCAAAUUAUAUAUCCCUGACAGCCGAUCAGUAUGAGCAAAUGGUCAGGACCAUGCGGCUCCCCUUCCGGGCCAUUGAGGGAACGAGCGUCGUUGGACCCUUCUUCUGGGCUGCAUUCGACCAAGAUGCGAGCGAUCCGCACUUGCAGAUCAUUUUCCGCAAAUCCGAUGUGCGGAAAAAGGGCAAAACCCGUGGCUGGGAGAUUAUGCUCUCUCACUCAUUCACAACCGCCAUCACGACCGGAUUCGUGAAGGGAACACCGUCUUCAGAUAUUGUCACUUCGAUUGAGCACCUGACAUCAUGUGCCGCGCAGGUUGCGCAUCCCAUGCUAUUGCCCGUCAUUAUCCUGUCGCACGAUCUGUCCUGGAAGACGGACCAGAAGCAGCGCGACGCCCGGGACUGGCUGCGCCGUCUUGAGCACGCCGUGACCAUGCGUGAUGAGAUUGAGGAAGGAGAGAGCUACCGGGAUCUGGACCUUGAAGUCCUCAAUCGGGAUCUCGUCGAGUGCCACAGCCAGGUGUUGUGGAAGCGACCACAGGCUUAUCAGAGCAUCAUUGAGGAGAUGAAGCUCACCAUGGACAACUUCUGGCAGAGCUCCAUGCCGGAGCGGGUGCACCGCGGCGAGACGGCGGCUUUGCAUAACAGCAUGAAGAGCCGUCUUGAUUUUUACCGCAUCAAACUUUUGGGCGUGGAGAAUUACGCGCAUACGACGUUGGAGAGGCUGAAUAUCCAGCGACAAGCUCUUUACAACAUCAUCGCCCAAAAGGAAUCCAAGCUCAACCUAGAAAUGGCUGCCCAGCAACGUCGCCUUGCACACGCAUCGAAGCGCGACAGUACGGCCAUGAAGACGUUAUCACUGCUGGGUGCCGUGUUCCUCCCGGGGACAUUCUUGGCCUCCAUCUUCUCCAUGACGUUUUUCGACUUUAACGUGGACGAUGGCUCAGGCGGCGGCAGUACCGGGGCGGCGGUCUCGCAGUAUCUCUGGGUCUACUUUGUGGUGACGAUCCCGCUAACCAUGUUGAUUGUGGGAUCAUGGUGGUGGCUGGACAAGAGGCGCGAGCGGCAGUACGCGCUCGAGGACGCCGACAUUGAAAAGGGUAUCGAACGCAUGGAGACGGAAAUCAUGGCCAUUAUGCGCAAGAAGACGAUGAAGAAGGCCACCACAUGGAACAGCGGAAAUACGCCGAGUUUGAGUUUUCAGCUCAAUAGGAAGGACAAGACGGGCUGA